AUGGGCAAACAAGCAAAGCAGGCCAAACAAUCCAACCAGGCCCAGCAAUCCAACCCUGCCGACACUGCAAACCCUGCCGACACUGCAAACCCUGCCGACACUGCAAACCCUGCCGACACUGCAAAACACGACGACCAUGCCGAACGGGAAUCUUGGCACGCGGCCAACUUAAAAGCUAAAAUGUUGGUCGAGUUUUUCAAGGGGCUUCGCGGAGAACACCUGACCGCGGAUAUUUCUCAAUCGAGCAAGUAUUGUCGGGAAAUGUUGUAUAGAAGGCUUCUUACCUUUGACACGAGCCACUACCCUCCACCGGUCCAUGCCACUUCUCUUUCAUUACAGUUCAGGUACUUAGCGGACUCGAUGCUUAGAUAUGCCCACGCAUUGGGCGCCGAUGAUGAGUGGAUUGCGUUCAUGGAUUUCACAACCGCUUUCAGAACCCGGUACAACAGCGCCUCCUAUGACAUGAGGACCGACUGUAUCCCGCUCGACAUGUCGAUCUGCAUAACACGCCUCUAUGCUCUCGUCACUAGUGAUCACACCAUUACUGGUAACGCUGAAAAAGAUGAUCAUAUUGGCCUUGAUUUCCUCAUUCUUAUGGCUGCUCGUAUGGAACCCACCUUUGACCAUAACGGCUCAGAUUGUGAACAGUACUGGACCCUGAAGUUUAUUGAGACUGCGCGCAGAGCGGCCAAGGGGGCUGCUCACGAGGCUAAUAUUAGCAUAAAGCUGUAUUUAUACUUUUUGGUUUCAAGGUUGCCCCAAGUUCUACAACGCUUCUAG